GGCAUGUAUCGGCGCAUUGAGCACUUGCGGGACGUGAAUAAAAACAUGAAGGCCUUGAUAUCGAUCGGGGGCUGGAAUGAGGGCUCAACCAAGUACUCAAAAAUGGCAGCCAAUCCCGGAGCCAGAAAAACAUUUGUCAACUCUGUGGUCAAAUUCUUGCAGACAUAUAAGUUUGAUGGUCUAGAUGUGGACUGGGAGUUCCCGGGCUUCUUGGCCGAGACGGGACCCGAUCACGACCGGACACCCGGCGACCCGAAAGACAAGCAAAACUACAUCGAGCUGUUGCGUGAGCUCAAGGCGGCGCUCAAACCGCAUAACUAUCUGUUGACUGCGGCGGUCAGUGCCGGCAAACCCACCAUCGAUGUGGCCUACGAUGUCAAACAACUCAAUGAAUUACUCGACUUUGUAAACGUAAUGUCCUAUGAUUAUCACGGUGGAUCGUGGGAAAAUGUUACCGGUCACAACGCGCCCCUGUAUGCCGACCCUAAAGCCGAUGAGAAACAAAAAAUGCUGACCGUUUCCUACGGAGUCGAGUAUUGGCUGAAACUGGGCUUAAGUCCCAAAAAGUUGAACAUGGGCUUUGCAACGUAUGGCCGCUCAUUCACCCUGGCCGAUCCAAACAAACACGGUUUGGGCGCACCCGCUGUUGGCAAAGGUGGUACCGCCGGUCCCUACAGCAACCAAGCUGGAAUGUUGGGCUAUAACGAGAUUUGCGAGUUUUUGAAACAAGGUUGGAAAGCCUAUAGGGACGACACCCAGAAGAUUGUUUACGCAGUGAAUGGCAACCAAUGGGUGGGUUAUGACGAUCAGCAAAGUUUUAAGGAUAAGCUCUCGUACUUAAAGUCCAAGGGUUUGGGCGGUGCUAUCAUAUGGUCGAUAGACACCGACGACUUUCACGGCACCUGUGGUGGACUCAAACACCCGUUGAUUAAGACAAUUAGUGGUGAACUGAACGGCGUUACCGGUCCCGACCCCGAGAUUCACGAGGUUCACGUCACUCCCGCCCCGCCAUUGGCUUAAGCCUAUUUGCAAAUUUAACAAACAACUAGUAACUUUA